AUGUCGUCAAAUGAGCUCGCGCCGAGCUUCGCGCCGUUCUUUGGCAUGAGCGGAAUCGCGUUUGCUAUGAUCUUUGGAUGCGCUGGAGCUGCCUAUGGCACAGCCAAAGCUGGCAUCGGCAUCGCUGGUAUCGGAACAUACAGGCCAGACCUGAUUAUGAAGUCGCUCAUCCCCAUCGUCAUGUCCGGUAUCUUGGCCGUCUACGCCCUCGUCAUAUCCGUCCUCAUCGCUAGCGACAUCAAGCCGCCGCCAGACAACACAUACUCGCUGUAUGCUGGAUUCAUGCACAUGGCUGCCGGUCUGUCAGUCGGGUUAUCUGGCCUGGCUGCGGGUUACGCGAUCGGAAUUGUGGGAGACGCCGGUGUACGCUCUUUCAUGCGCCAGUCGAGGAUCUUCGUCGGCAUGGUCCUCAUCCUCAUUUUCGCCGAAGUCCUGGGUCUUUACGGACUCAUUGUCGCCCUCAUCCUCAACACCCGAGCAAGUGGCUGA